AUGGCUGCUAACGAGCAGGAUCCACUGCUCCUGCUGCGGCAAUCCAUCGCAUCGAAACGACCUGCGGUUCCCACAGCUUCAGCCGAUGCUUCUGCGACCGAGGUUCCUCUCUCGCAAGCUACCCAUCUACUCUUCUCGCACCCAGCUCCCGUUUCUGUAUCGCUCUCGACACCGACGCGUUUCAUUUCAAGCGACCGCCCGGUCGACCUGCGAUCCAUCUACUUCGCCUGGCUAAACAAGGAUGUUGCAAUUCCCGAAUACAACGCAAGCGCUACCCGCCUCAACGAAGAACUGGGCAGCCUAGGCACUGUCCAAAACCUUGCCUUCGUCGAACGUUUAGACUUGUUCACUUGGCUGGAAGGCGCUAGUGAGGAGAGUGAACACAUCAAGCCUUUGGCUGGCGACAAGGACGGCAAGGAGGGAGCUAGUGCGAGCGCGUCCAAGACUGCCCCAGCAACUGCGGCCAGUCGAGCUGGACGAGGCACUUUGGAUCCUAGAUUGGCGGUCAUCUACAAUGGAGAGCGCAAGAUGGGGGAUCGCAACUCUGUGUUGCGCGGCGUGAAGCACACGGACUUCUCCCAUGUCCGUAAGCUCGCUGUUCCUUUCAUCCAGAAGAAACCCAAUGGCUCGUCGAACAUAAGCGCCAACCCAUCCCUCGCGCUCAACCAGAAGGCCCCAACGAGGCGACCAGACCCGAUUAUCCUCCUCUCGCCCUCGGCCUCCUCCCUUCUGCGCCUGUCCAACAUCCGCUCUUUUCUCGAGUCAGGGCGCUACGUGCAGCCCGACGGCAGCGCUGCUGCUAGCAUGCUGCACGUCUCCCGCGUCAUGAAGGAUAUCGACCCGUCGCGGCCCAUGCGUUUCAUUCUCGUCGAGGGCCCUGAGCAGUUCAAACCCGAGUACUGGAAUCGCGUUGUUGCAGUCUUCACAACUGGCCAGUCAUGGCAGUUCAAGAACUACAAGUGGAGCUCUCCUCCGGAUCUGUUCCGCCGUAUUUUGGGCAUCUUCAUCGGCUGGCGCGGGGAGCAACCGCCAGACAGCGUAAAGGACUGGGGCCACCGCGUGUUGCAGCUCGGCGUUGAUCGCUGGCGUGAUGGAACUGGUGCUCAGGAGGCGGCCAAGUUCAGGGACAAGGAAGCUGCAGAGUCGAUCUGGCGGGCAAUUGAGGCGAACAUGAAGAACAAGGGAUGGACAAAAACCACUGCGCCAACCCAGCUAUGA